AUGCAGCCUUUAAUCCUUCUUUUGCAUCUUCUUAUCUUUGUGUCAAUCAGUCAUGCUUGGUUUUAUGGAAGAGAUGCGCCUGAUCGUUGGAGCGUCGGGGGAGUUUGGCCAUUACCCCAUAAAAUUGUCUAUGGCUCCAAAAACAAGACACUCUAUCAUGAUAAAAUCGGAAUCGAUUUGGGUGGCAAGAAAAAUUGUGAUGUUCUUCUUAACAUGGCUGAUAACUACAGUAAUUGUUUUGUUGAUUUGAAAAACUUGAAUAUUUUGAAAAAUAUUUUCAGUGAACAAAUGGAUGUUCCCAUUCCCAGUAGAAGUUCCAACCGGAGGAAGCGAUGAUUAUAUAAUUACAGUUAGUGUGAAAGAAGAUUGUCCAACUGGGCCACCAAUUCAUGGAUCAAGUGAAGAAUGUAGGUGUUUUUGAAAUUUUCUCAUCAAAAAUCAUAAGCCUUCAGAUUUCCUCCGAGUUAGUGUUGGCGAAGCUGUCAUUACUGCUCAAACAGUUUGGGGAGCUCUUCGUGGUAUGGAAACUUUCAGUCAACUUGUUUUCUACGAUGAAAAAUCAAAGGAAUAUAAAGUUCGAACAGCUGAAAUUGUUGAUCGUCCAAGAUUCCCUGUUCGAGGAAUUAUGAUUGAUACGAGCAGACAUUUCUUGAGUGUGAAAGUUAUCAAGAGACAAUUGGUAAAUUUUAUUUUUCAUUUGAGAAUCUUAUAAGAAAACAUAUAUUUUUCAGGAUAUUAUGGCGAUGAAUAAAUUGAACGUUUUGCAUUGGCAUCUUGUUGACAGCGAAUCUUUCCCUUACACUUCUGCCAGAUUCCCAGAACUCCACACAGUUGGAGCAUAUUCUCCGAGACAUGUUUAUUCUCGAAAAGACGUUGCCGAUAUUAUUAAUUAUGCUAGACUUCACGGAAUUCGUGUGAUUCCUGAAUUUGAUCUUCCUGGACACACUUCAGCCUGGAGAGGAAAGAAAGGUUUCCUUACUGAAUGUUUUGAUGAGCAUGGUGAAUUGACAAAUCUGCCGAAUUUGAUCGAUCCUAUGAAUGAGAAUAAUUUUGCGUUUAUCGCGGUAGGCUUCAUUUUUCAAACCUUUGGUAAAAAUGAUUUGUUUUGUUCAGGAAUUUUUGGAAGAAGUUACACAAACUUUCUCUGAUCCGUUUUUGCAUUUGGGUGGUGAUGAAGUGUCUGAUUAUAUUGUUGAAUGUUGGGAGAGAAAUCAGAAAAUCCAGAAAUUCAUGAGAGAAAAAGGAAUGGGUAAUAACACUGUUUUGUUGGAAAAUUACUUCUUUGAAAAGUAAGUUUAUCCCUUAUGUUGGAAAAAAUCAGAAAAACCCUCAUUUUCAGGCUUUUCAAAAUAGUCAAAGAGUUGAAAAUCAAAAGAAAACCAAUUUUCUGGCAAGAAUUAUUUGAUAACAAUAAUCCUGAUCCAAAUUCGAUUAUUCAUAUUUGGAAAGGUAAUUCACACGAAGAAAUUUAUGAGUAUAUUCACAAUGUGACUGCUCAAAAUUUGCCAGUUAUUGUGUCUUCCUGCUGGUAUUUGAAUUACAUAAAAUAUGGUGCAGAUUGGCGGGAUGAGAUUGGAGGAACAGCGAAAUCGAACUCCAGGUAAGAAGUUCACAAAGAAGUAUAAAUUAUGUUUCUAUUUUUCUAAGAUAUUAUUACUGUGACCCAACAAACUUCAAUGGAACGGAUGCACAAAAACAACUUGUCCUCGGAGGAAUUGCUGCAAUUUGGGGAGAACUUGUUGAUAACACAAACAUUGAAGCACGCCUUUGGUAAAUCCCACAGCCCCUUGAUAAAUUUAUCUCUUUUUCUCAGGCCUCGAGCAUCGGCAGUUGCGGAACGUCUUUGGUCACCAGCUGAAAAAACACAAAGAGCAGAAGAUGCUUGGCCACGAAUGCAUGAAUUGCGAUGUCGAUUGGUCUCAAGGGGAUAUCGUAUUCAGCCAAACAACAAUCCUGAUUAUUGUCCAUUCGAAUUUGAUGAAGAUCUCAAAAAUGUGAGAAACGAGUUUUGA